AUGACCGAUGACGGACUACAUCCGAACAAGCGACGCAGAGUAGGCCGGAAUGGCGAGGGCAAUGCGCGUCGGAUCUGUCCCCACUGCGGGCGUGCGUUUAAGCGGACUGAACACCUGGAGCGCCACAAACGGACCCACACCAAGGAGAAGCCCUUCUCGUGCCAUUGUGGCUCUUCCUUUUCGAGGCGAGAUCUCCUCACGCGACAUCAGCGGGUGGCUCAACAUGAGGAGACCGAUUCCGACGUUAGAUCUGGAGGCCUGUCACGAGUGGUAGAGCAUGGUGGUGCUGCUGAUGAAGCAGUAUCUACUGUAACUGCACCUAGACUCGGGGAUGAUGCUCGAAUUUUCAUGAGGUCUCAGCCAUGGACGCAGCUUCCUAUCCCAGCAGUCGUGGGAGAUCAAAGUCAGCAGCUUGGCUUCAUGGACACAAGGCAGUAUGCCCCUGAUAUUCUACAUACGCCUAUGAUUGACAGUGGGAUUGACUUCGAUAUACACUUCCGAGAAUUCACUAGCUUCCUUGAUGGUGUUGGUUUGCCUACUGGAUUGAGUCCCCUAUUUGACUCUGACAGGCAUGCCGAAGCAUUUGGAACCAGACCACACGAGGGAGGUAAUGAGACCACUUCACUCAGACCAAUGGCAGCAACAAGAGCCGGGACGCCAUUCAGCUCAUGGUUGCCUUCCGCCCCAAGCAUGAACAGGAUGUCAAACUACGCGUCUGACACCGAUAACCCUCGUGCUGUCGACCCCGAGGCCCAACUCUUCAAAGUAACUGAAGAUCAACAUUCCAGGCUCAAAUCCGCACUUAAUAAACAUUCUCACCUACUAGACCCUGCUUUCUUUCUCCCCUCGCGGCACGCCCUCACUCGUUACAUAACAUCGUUCUUCGGCGGCUUCCAUUCCCACAUGCCUUUUAUUCAUGUGCCCACAUGGCAUAUCCAGGAACACUCAAUUGAGUUAGUACUCGGAAUGGCUGCCCUUGGCGCGCAGUACUGUUUUGAGAGGAAAGUAUCUGAGCAGCUGUUUUUCGCCGGGAAAGCAGUGAUAACAGAGCGGCUUGGAAAGCGUGCUGAAAUUUACAGGCUGUCCACAAGGACUAGUUCAUCAACAAUCAACUCAGUUUUACAAAACAGUGAUCGAGACAGCGAUAAUCAACAUGCAUCGUCAAUUGACUCUGUAAGAGCGUUAAUUAUGCUGAUGGGGUUUGCGACAUGGGAGCCUAAAGCCUCGACAGUGCAGGAAUCAUUCGCACUGCAAGAUCUGCUUAUACAUGUCGUGAGGGAUGUUGGCCUUGACGACGUGAAUUGGCUUACGCCAAUAGUCGAGCAGAGUGAUGACGCCUCUUUAGGACAGAGUUGGCGAGCAUGGAUCGAGCAGGAGGCCAGCCGGCGAUCCAGGUUGAUUGCCUUCUCAAUUCUUCACACCCACAGCAUUGCAUACAAUGUCUAUCCUACCCUUCGCAGCAACGAGGUCAACCUCAGGCUACCAUGUUCAACCAAGGAGUGGAAAGCCCCGACUGCGGCUCUCUGGCGUGCUGCGACGAAAGAAAUUCAGAAGUCACAGCUUUACUUCAAGGAUGCCCUAUCCCUGCUCUUGAAGAAUAGGAACGAAGGUGCCCCGCUGGAUCCAAUUCCAACGCCGCUGGGAAACUACGUACUCCUACACGGUCUGCUCCAACGUAUUCACAUCGUCAGAGAUCUGAGCCUACCGGUCAUGAACAACACAGCAGCCUUACCAAGAGAAGAAGUGGAGAAGCUCGAACGUGGCCUCCGCGCCUGGACCACAGGCUGGCAACAGGCCCCCGAGUCCACGCUCGACCCCAACAACGAGAACGGUCCCAUCCCGUUCACAUCAAGUUCCCUCCUAGCUCUUGCAUAUGUCCGCAUUUACCUGCAUUUAGGGCCAUACCGAGCGCUUGAGACGCGGGACCCCGUUCGCAUCGCCCACGCCAUUGCAUCUAGUCCUGACAUAGAGCGCAGUGACGGCACAAUUGCCGCGCUGCUGUAUGCAACUCAUAUGCUGGGCAUUCCUGUUCGGUUGGGUGUCGAGCGUGUGGCACGGAGUCAGGCCUUCUUUUGGAGCGUGAGACAUUCAUUGUCGAGCCUAGAAUGCGGGGUGCUCCUUAGCAAAUGGCUGGCCAAGCUUGCGGUUACGAUAGGUGACAGUCCGCUGAGCGAUAGCGAAGAUAAGAUUCUGUCCUGGGUGCGCCGAAUUGUCGAAGAGGCGUACUCGGUCAUUGAUUUUGAUGAAGGGGAGUCCCAGUCACCCAAUCUCAUCAACUUCCGUGAUCCGAGAGAUCUCUCCAUCGCUGUGUUGAAGAUUUGGGCUCAUUUUUUCAAGAGUAAUACGCAGUGGCCGUUCAUAAACAUCAUUGGGCAGAGUUUGACCGUGUAUUGUGGAAUCUUGCUUCAGAACAGGCACGGCAGCGCGCAACAAUACUAA